UAAUUUUGGUAGUGUGAUAUUCUUACUGUACAAAAGACUAUUGACAGUCGCGUAAUACCAUGUUUAACAGUUUAUUCUGGUCAAAACUGUCCGUAAAUUAUUUUUUUUCAGAUCAUGCUUUACUAGUUUAAGCAUCGGUCCUAUAAACAUUUCCUAUUUCCAAAGAGGUUUAUAAAUUUUUGUAUGUUACAAAUCCAAUCAAUCAUGACAUAAUCAAUGCAUUUUUAGUGAUUCAUGAAAACUGAGGUCGGUAAUAAAGUCCUAAAAUGAAAAUUCAAGCGAAGGGAAUUUCUGGUGGAUAUGUAAAAUACUUCAGGUGAACCUGAAUUCUGCAAGUAACAGUAAAAUAACCUUCCAACGGCCGUCACCGUGACACCGUCGCGUCUUUGUUUUCGUGCAAAUUGAAAUGAAGUUCGCAGUCAGAGAUGGAACGGCAGGACUUUUUAGAUCAGGCGAAAAAAAUAGCAGAAAUUUCGGACAAAAUCCGCGACGGAUGGGCGCUGAAGAAUGCAGGCGAAGGCCGUUGGUACUUGGAAAAACGUCAACUUCUUUUAAUCGAGGGCGAGCCGAUUAAUUGGCUCUACAACGUUUUAUUCAGCCCGAGCUUCUCGUCGCCGGUCAUCUAUUUCAACGCCAACGACGCACAGGGCGGCUACCUCGGCUACGAGCGGAUCCUCGCGUCCUUGGAGCACGCGGCCGAUUCCCUGGGAGAAAAUCCACUCCAGGUCGUCAGUCAGAAGCAGCAUCCCUUUCUCAGUACGCCCUUCUAUCAUUUCCACCCUUGCAGAUCGGACCGACUUCUUGGGGACGAACCGGCGAAGAACGGCCUCUUAAGAUGGCUUUCGGCCGUCGCACCCCUUGUCAAAUUGAAACUUUCAAACGAAUACGCGUUUCCCUUUCUAUAAACCUAUUUCAAAAUUAAAAUUUUGCUUAAAUAUUUUUUAAGUAAAAAAUGAAAGAGUUGAGAGAAGUGAACGCCUGAUCAAAACUUAAUGGAUUCCCGUCCAGUUUUUUAAGAUUCACCAACAGAUUGGUCGUCCCUGAUUAUCCUCCUAUUCCGGCCUGUUCAGUUUCGCGAGAUCUGUAAAUUGGGACCGAAUCGAACCAGUGACCCACUGUAAACAUUUACUUUACACUUCCACACAUAACUAUACCUUAAUGCUUAAUUAUUAACUAAGCAAUAAUUAAUAUACAUAAAAUAUUAAUACAAUAAACAGAUGUUUGUUAUUUGAUAAAAAAAAAGUCAACCGUUGUGCCAAGUUAUUCAAAUAAAGGACAUUGAAAAAGUGUUUAACCCUUAA